GCUUCGCGGCGCUGUCACAUAGAUCUUAUUAUAUUCUAUUAGUCCUUGGAGCACUACUUCUUCUCAUCAUCGUGCACUGGCAGCCGUCGUCUAUUGAGUUUAACGACGUUACAACGUGUACUGCCAAGUAACUCUCUCAUUGAGUUCGUUUCUCACGUAACAGGAACCUCACUGCGGCCGUGCACCUUUCCACAUCAACCACUCUCAGACUGGCGUAUCUGUGAUUUUAUCACAAAAUAUGGGUCGCGACAGACUAGCUGCUCUCAGAGCGCAACGGCAGAAUGCUACACCAGAUCCAGGACAGGGGGACUAUGAGAUGCAAGCACGCCCUUCACCUUCUGCAAAUGGCACUGGCAAUGGUACAGGGACGGACCCUUUGUCCGCUUUUUAUGCAGAAGCCACCGCCAUCCAAGAUUCCAUCCAAGAGUUUGAUGACAAUGUCACUCGCAUCGCUGAAUUCCACUCACGCUCCCUAAACACCCUUGAUGAUGCAGCAACACAAGCAAACGCAGCUCAGCUCGAACGCCUCACAGACGAGACCAGGCAACUCAGCAACAGUCUCGCUAACCGCAUCCGUGCCCUUGAGAAACCCACUGGUGCAGGCCCGGAUGCUCAAAUUCGCAAGAACAGAAUUGAUGUGGUCCGGACAAAAUUUAUGACCACCUUGCAGCGGUACCAGGAUGUUGAGCGCCAGUAUCGCCAGCAGUAUCGCCAGCGUGUGGAGCGACAGUUCAAAAUAGUGAAACCCGAAGCUACACCUGAAGAAGUUGCUGCUGUGGUGAAUGAUGAUCAAGGCGGAGGAAGCCAAAUCUUCGCGCAAGCACUCACUUCGUCAAACCGAUAUGGGGACUCACGGGCUGCAUAUCGAGAAGUCCAGGAACGACACCAAGACAUUCGCCGGAUUGAACAGACUCUCGGAGAGUUGGCUCAGUUAUUCAAUGACAUGGCUACCCUUCUAGGCGAGCAAGAAGAGAAGAUUGACGCUAUCGAGACAGCAGCAGCGGGUGUUGCACAUGACACUGAAGGAGGACAAAAGCACACCGAGGUUGCAGUAAAACACGCCCGCUCUGCGCGACGAAAACGCUGGAUCUGCUUCUGGCUCACCAUCAUUAUCAUCCUCGCAGCUGUUGGCAUCGGUGUGGGUGUGUACUUCAGCCAGCAUAAGUCGAGUUGAAGGAGCGAGAUCAUGGUGGUUAAUAAAGCCAGACAUGACUGAAUCGUAUACCCCUUACUUUCUUUUGCAAUGGACCACGCUACCUCCACGACUUGAUAUUAGUUAACUAAGUUGUUUAAUACGGACUGGUACUUUGGUUUUACCGUGGCAGCCGGUAGUGACACUCGUAAUGUUACGUCACAUGUGUUUGACGUUAGUUCAGAACU